GAGAGGGCGGGGAGGGCGGCUCAGGACUCGAGGGGAGAGUGUAUAUGGUGUGGUGUAUAGGGCAGGCUAGGCCCCGCCUAGCAGGAGGCGGCACUCAGACAGGAGCCACGUGCUGCAGGACAGGCCUGGGGCCAGCCUACCUCCUGGGGCACCGCCCACACCACCUCCACCCACCGCCCACGCCAGCCCCGCCCGACACACACCGCCCUCCCUCUUGCCAGGCUGAGUGUGUGGCGAGUAUGUGGCGAGUGUGUGGUGAGUGUGUGGUGAGGAGCUGGGCGGGGCAGUGGGCGGUGAUGGUAGGCCCAUCGUGUGUCGCCUCCUGUUCCCUCACACUGUCCCCGCCCUCACCCGCCCACACCCCGCCCACAACACCAUCCUCCACCCACCCACUACCUCCAGACACCGCCCAGAACAACCAGGGCAACCAUAUAUAACAAGGGACCAUCCUCCUCGCCACACCCCCAACUCAGGACAACCUUCACCGCCCAUAUAUUACUUAACAACUUGUUCAGUGUAACAUCAUUUCACACAGGACCCCCACCACCAGCGCUCAUACCACACAAGACACUCACAGUCGCCCAUAUCACACAGGACAAGCAUGACCGCCCACACCACACAGGACAGAGCUACCAAUAUUACACAGGACACCUGGGGCCGCCCAUAUCGCUUAAGACACCCGGAGCCAUCCAUAUCAGGACAAGCAUGGUCGCCCUUAUACAGGACACACCCGCCCAUAUCCCAGGACAACCAUGGCAGCCCAUGUACUAGACUCCGAGCCGCCCAUGUCACAGGACAACAUGAAGUCAUGUUAACUGUUGUUGGGUCUAUCAAGUAACUGGAUAGAGGACAGCAUCACUGGUGGCUAGGACUACCAUAAGCCUAAACAGGCCUCCUGCCCCCCGACAAUCGUAUACUGUACGACUACUGUUUACCAAUUUAUGUGAAUUAUUUAAGUAACUCGAGAUAACUCUUAUAUCAAUGAGCCGGUAUAUCACGUAGUAUAUACCUUGCAGGACAACCUCCCGAUCUUACUCAACAACAGGGAAGUGACAGGACAGCAGCGUCACAAUCAUUCACAGCAACCAAUGCCAAGGCAAUACUGCAGUUCAAAAUGCAGGAUAAAUAGAGGAACGUUUGACAAGCCCCCGGCUUCCUGUCCCCGUCGUGGCCAGUAGGAAGGAUGGUGGCCCUCGGGUAAAUUCAGGGGAGAGAGCCCCAAGCUACGCAGAUCAUCACUGCAAAUGGCCAGACAUAUUCGGUGAUGCCCCAGGCUCAGAUGCAAACGGUGACCAUUGAUGGACAGGAAGCCAUAUACAUACCAGCAUCUGUUCAGCAUGCACCUGCCACACAGCAGAUACAGAUUGCAGGAAAUCAGGCCAUAUUUACGCCAACGGGACAGAUAAUAAGAGCACAAAACAUUAUCCAGAAUGUGCAGAGUGUAGGCCAAGUAGGAACGCCAAUUACUGUUGGUGGUGUUCGAACUGCAACAGGCACCGCAACUGCAGGAGGAGGCCAGGCAACUGCCACACAAGCUCAAGUGAGCCAGAUGGCAACACAAGUGAUGCAAUCUGGGGUUGCUGGCAUGCCCCAGGCCACCAUUCCAGUCCAAAUACCCAUAUCUACAGCUGGAGGCCAGACUGUUCUACAGACUAUUCCCUUUCCUGUACAGAUUCCUGUCCUACCAAAUAUGGUUCAAGCAAAUGGUCAAACAUUACAGGUCAUGCCUCAGCUGGCACAGGUUCAAGCUCAACCCCAGUUCGCACAAAUUCUACUUCCCAAUGGGCAGGUGCAGCAAGUUCAGAUGUUAUGGGGUAGUGCCUCUGGUAUGAUGUCCCUGGGCUCUGCCAGUCUAGGCACUGCUGCCACCAUGACCCAGCUGGCUACAUCCCAACCCAUUACCACAUCCACGUGGGCUACCAGCACCAUCGCAACACCCUCUGUUGCUAUACCAGCUGUCCAUAACAGCACAACCACUAGUGCCACUGGCGAUAACAAGCAGCAGUCACAAGCACAGCAGGUAUCCACAGGAGCAGCUAACAGCAUAACAGCAACAAGCCAGUCACAAAUAGUUGGCCCUGGAACAAGCAUAACAGUCUCAAAUGCCUCACAGCUGCUACCACAAGGCAUCACCGUGUCUCCACAAUUACCAGGGUCAAUAGGUGGUGGUGUUACAGUGGUGCCAGUGAGUCAGGCAUCUCAGCUGCGAACAGCACAGACAGCUGUGGCUGCCCAACAGAAUACCAUCCAGAUUCCUCAAAUACAGGUCAUGCAACCUAUGUUUCAACACAUCCCUGGUCUUGGUCAGGUGCAAGUGCUGUCUCCAUCAUCCUUACAAACACUCACAUCUUCCAUAACAGGAGCUACACAACCCAUCUCAAUGUCCACUUUGAAUGCUGUUCCUACGUCCACAACUCAGCCGGUCACCAGCGCCAUACCCACGCAAAUUUUACCAGGAGGCGCACAAAUAAUCAGUGCUAGUGGAUUUCAGGGAGAGAGUGAGGGCACCAAAUGGGUUGUAUCAACAGGAGGGCAAGUUAACCAGGCCCAGGUGAUUCCACAGCCAGCACACUCACCCACCAGUGAUGCAAGCAAGACAAGAUUACGCCGCGUGGCAUGUACGUGUCCAAAUUGCAAAGAUGGGGAUCGUGGAGGAGAUAACAAAAAGAAAGUACACAUCUGUCACAUUCCUGGCUGCAACAAAAUGUAUGGCAAAACAUCUCACCUGAGAGCUCAUCUUAGGUGGCAUUCAGGAGAACGACCAUUCAGAUGCUCCUGGCUUUUCUGCAAUAAAAGAUUCACUCGCUCUGAUGAGCUACAGCGUCACAAGCGCACACACACUGGUGAGAAGCGAUUUCACUGUCCAGAAUGCCAGAAGCGUUUCAUGCGUUCUGACCACCUCUCAAAGCAUGUCAAAACUCAUACAAAACAGAAGGUGAUGGUGAGUAGUUGGGAUGUUUUGCCAAAUAAUAUUUCCAAUCCAACAGUGUCUUCAGAUAGUAGUAAUUCGUCAGAUGCAGGCGAGAAAAUGCUCAUCACUAUUCCCGACCAGUCUGUCGAUCCUUUGCACAUUUCUACUGAUGACAUACCUACCAAUGUUCCUCAACCACAGUGAUUGUUUACAUAAUAUCACUUCACAAAUAGUAAUUAUCAAGAUAAUCUCACUAAACAAUAUUGCAUGACUAAAGGAACGGACAUCUUACUUCUUUUUUUUUUUUAAUAAAAUAAAAAUCUUAAAUAUGUGUUAUUUGCUACACUUAUCAGACUGUCCAAAAGCAAUUGAUGCAAGGGUUGUUGUGGGUCUUUAGCACUUCAUGGUGUAGAAGUUGGCAGUUGAAUUGACUAGGGAAAAUUCUGUACACAUCAUCCUGCCGUAACUGCAGGAAGUGGUACAACACUUGUGAUAAACUGUAUAAUAUGGAUAAGUAUAAGGUGUAAAAUUAUUUCCCAAUCUCAUUCAUCUCUAAGAUGAUUUUGAUCGAACAAAGAAUAGUGACAGUAUUUGUAAAAUACUAAAUCUAUUCAAUUAUAUUUUGUACCAGGUUUAAAGAUAAAUAGUAAUAAUUGUAUUUAUCAGGAGUGGUAUGUGUCCCAGUUAUCCAUUAUACCAUUUAGAAUGUGAUACAACUAUAUUUGAACGAUAACUGAGUGUUGCUACAUGACGGCCAUUGCAAUCUGAAUCCUUAAGAAAAUGCUUAGUAAUAUGUGGUGUUCUAUAAUCUUAAUUAAUGAAUGUCAUAACAAAUAUAGAGAUACUAGUGUAACACAACUUCCAUCACUGCCCAUGUUGACCAAUGAUUGUAGCCUCUUAGUUCUGCCCUGUAUGUCUGUACAUAGCCCAUGCACACCUUUGCUCAAGCUCUACGAUUCAUCAUUAAAUAAUUUUUUCUACUGCACUUAGACCUUACAGAUCAGAUCUUUCAGAAAAGUCUGACAAAUUAUCAGAAAUCCCUUAAUGUGGACUUCUGGUGAAACUUUAGCAAUAUUUUCUCAAGCAGAAUCUCAGAUAUUUGAUAUUCACAAUUUGUAUUUCAGAACCUAAAUGUGUAUACUGGUAAAUAUACAUUUCAGAGUUAAAUAUUAUGCCUAUAUUUGACAAUAAUUCUUUGUUUGGUUUGGUUUUUUCUAACUUUCACAUGGAAGUUGUGAUGUUAUUCUAAUACAGGCACUAUGUGCCCACUUUUUAAUUUUUUAAUGAAAUAUAAAUAUCCACCUUUUAAUAUUUUUUUGUUAUAUGUAUAAUAUAAAUUACUUUACUUGCUAAUGAUUCAAUUCAGUAUCAUAAAUUUAUAUUUGUUUGAGUUAUUGCAAGACUAGUUAUCACUAUAGGUUUUAAUGACAUGUAUCAGUAGUAGUACAGACCAGAACACAAUGUUAAAAUUUUAAGAGAAUUUAAGGAAGAAGGUGCAUCACUGUGCCAAACUUUGUGUAUUGUGAUACUAUUGCGCUUAUUACUUCAUGCAACGCUAAUAUUACAUUCCACUAAGGGUUUUGCAAGUGCAAUUAAAAAGGUCUUUUCAUUUUUGGAAUGCCAACUUUGGUAUUGUACAUUAUGUCAUAGAUUUAUACAUUGCACAUAUUGUAUCUUAUUGUGUUUCAAGUUCUGUAUCAAUUUUAACAUAAACCACUUAUUUUUCUAAUGAUUCAGGUUUUAAUGUACAGUAUGUUAGAAUAUUUGUGCUCAAUAUGAGGUGAUGCUACAAUUGUUAUUGAAAAUCUUUAUACAACUUGGAUGUCAGGCCUACUUCAUUUAUCAAUGUUUUUUCUUUCCUUCACAAUGGAAAUCAAAGAAUAACUGUCUUGGGUCCCACCCCACACAUCAUUACUGCCUCCUGACACCUGCUUCAUUUACCUUCAAAUAUUUAUGUAGCCGUCUUUUAAGACUCAUCACUGUAUUUGUAAUGAGUUUUCAGAGCUUUAAAAGCAAAAGCCUUGUGUACAUGUUCAUAGUGCUUGGCUAUUGUUUUCUAAUUUUAAUAUUGUGAUACAUGUUGAAGUACUUUUAUUCAAGUGAAGGCUGAAGUUUGACAAAGGACUGAAGUCAGAGGCAGUUCUCUCAGUGUCUUCCUAGUCAUGUGACUGCAUCAUCAUCAUCAUCUCUCUCUCUCUCUCUCUCUCCCUCUCCCUCUUAUUAUUGUAUAUAUGAACCAAGUUAUUUAUUUCUUGUAUAUAUUCAUAUCUUUUUUACAUUUUUAUAAAUCUGAUGCGUGCAGUUAUAAUGCACAAUAUUUAUGUAACUAGCUACAAUCCUUGUGAAUAGUGUGGUACCUGAACUUAUUGAUAACUGGUUUUUGUGCUUUAAAUGGUUCAGGUGUGUUAAUGUAAAUCUAAAACUAAAAAGACAGCAUAAUAGUUCCAUACAAGAGAUCAUUCAGUGGUAGGAACCUUAUUUUCGAAGAACUAGAGAGUUUAUAGGUGCCUUGCCAUAUUUUGACACAAAAUAACAUGUUAUAAUGACCAGAAUGCACAAAGUUAACAUAUGAA